AUGAAUAACCACUGCAACAUCUUUGUCGUCAGUUUGUCUGUUGCAGACCUGGUUGUGGCGAUUUAUCCAUAUCCAGUUAUUCUUGUAGCCAUUUUCCAUAAUGGAUGGACACUUGGAGAUAUCCAUUGUCAAAUCAGCGGAUUUCUUAUGGGACUCAGUGUUAUUGGAUCUGUUUUCAAUAUUACAGCCAUAGCUAUCAACAGAUACUGCUAUAUAUGUCAUAGUCUAAGAUAUGAUAAGCUUUACAAUCACAGAAGUACAUGGUGCUACCUCUGCCUGACAUGGAUACUCACAAUCAUUGCAAUUGUGCCAAAUUUCUUUGUUGGGUCACUACAAUAUGAUCCUCGGAUUUACUCAUGCACUUUUGCCCAAACUGUGAGUUCCUCUUAUACCAUUGCAGUUGUUGUUGUACAUUUUAUAGUCCCUCUGGCUGUUGUGACAUUCUGCUACCUAAGGAUAUGGGUUUUGGUCAUCCAAGUCAAACACAGAGUGAGGCAAGACUCUAGACAAAAGUUGACUCCAACAGAUCUUCGAAACUUCUUGACAAUGUUUGUGGUGUUUGUACUCUUUGCUGUGUGUUGGGGACCAUUAAACUUCAUUGGUCUGGCAGUGGCUAUUAAUCCACUUCAUGUGGCACCAAAAAUUCCAGAAUGGCUUUUUGUACUGAGCUACUUCAUGGCCUACUUUAACAGUUGCCUCAAUGCUGUCAUAUAUGGUCUUAUGAAUCAAAACUUCAGAAAGGAAUAUAAAAGAAUAAUACUCUCUUUGUGGACUCCAAGACUGCUCUUUAUUGAUGCAUCAAAAGGUGGAACUGAUGCAAUCAAAAGCAAACCAUCUCCGGGAGGAACUAAUAACAAUCAAGCUGACAUAUGUGUGUAA